AUGCCGGCCACCAGAAAUGAUAAUCCAAAUCUAACUGUGAAAUGCAUUGGUAGGAUUAUUGUCGGUGUAAAAUACUGCUUCAGAUAUAACCAGCGCAAUAGGCAAGCACGAAAUGAAGAAAAUGGCGAGCCCAUUGACAUGGUUACCGUACCGAGAACCCACCGAAGACGGCGGGAAAAGAAGCUAAUGAGCAUGGACGAUGUAAACGCGCGCUUUCCUCUGAUGAAAUACAAAACAUGGCGGGCAAAUCGUGCGGAUGAAGGACUCCCAACUGCUGGAGGUAUACAAGCGCCAACCAGCAGGCCGUCGAGUUUGAAGAACGAAGGGGGAAGCAUCAUACUUCCGUCUGCAGAGAAUCAAGAGUCUCCUGUCUCGAGAAAUCCGACUUCAAGUCCAGAAUCAUCAAAUGAGCCGGUACCGCAAGUAGAGCCAGAAAGCGGAAUUCUACCAGCGGUGCACAGGGAAACAAUGGCUUCAAGAGCGGAGAGCCGCUUGUCAGGUGAACAUCUAAAAGAAAUUUCAGGUUCCAUGGAGGAUGAUGAUGACGCAGACGAACACAUCCGUAAUGCUAUCCCUGCUGAGCUACUUACGAACCCUGGGGAUACCUGUGCAAUCUGCCUUGAUACUAUUGAAGACGAUGACGACGUGCGUGGUCUUAGCUGCGGCCACGCAUUCCAUGCAUCAUGUUUGGACCCUUGGUUGACAAGCCGACGCGCAUGUUGUCCGCUUUGCAAAGCCGAUUAUUACGUUCCGAAACCACGCCCGGAGGGUGCUGAAGGAAGCGAGAAUAAUUCUUCCGGCCGCGGCAGACGUAAUACGAGUCGAAAUAAUGAUCCUGCACAGCCAGAACGUACUUAUGUCCCCGGCCGUGGGAACCCAUUCGUAUCGCGCCUCGUUCUGCCAGGACGCUUCAUCACCAUAGUUCCUCCCGAUGAACGAUAUCCAGGCUUCCCAAGACCUGUUUAUGAGUCGCCAAACUCAUCCCGUAGAGGGCGACGAGGACAGUCGAAUCCUUCAGGUGACGUCACGAAUCCUAAUGGCUCAACGUCAUGGAGAUCACGGCUCCCUUCCAUUCAUCUCCCCACAGCAACCUUUUCUCGAUUGCGGCUUCCGGAUAGAAGGAAUCGAAACGCAACUGGACAGGCUUCCACCACCGCUAAUGAACCAUCUCCACGGCAACUUGAAUCCGGGCCCACUUGAAUCUUCUUGUGUUUGCAAGCUGAAGCGCUGCAGCUAGAUGUGUGCAUGCCGUAACAGCUUGCCAUAUCCGUGGUACCAUUGAAGAAGUCGAAGUUGUGUUCUCAUGUCUCAACGAUGUGCCACUUCACUCUUUGCAUCUCUUAGGACAUAUGCGCUAGCGAAUACUCAAUGGUCACCAGUUUCAAACAUUCCACCCUUAUACUUUCUGUAUUCCUACGUGAUAGCUUCUCUAUAUUCGGAUGAAGCGGUGGACUGAAGCUCCUCGAACCGCCACCUUGACCAUCAUCGCCAUAUAUUUUACUCCCAGUUCGCACUUUCUCCCGGCGAUUCGAAGAGAAGCUAGAAUUCCUCGGGUUGGAUCUAGGUAUUGGAUAAAUUUUAGCCGUGGUAGUUCAUUUUUGCCCUUCGAAACAUAAUUUCCUCAUAUGUGAAGGUUCCAUGUUCCUCCUUCACAUGCCGAAUGCACACCCGGACCCACGCACAAACACAUCUAUAAUGUUAUAUAUAUGCAACUCACAGAAAAUAUCCAUCUGAGAUGUUACGUUCCAUCUCUACUCAACACAUAUUGGACAGGUUCCCAGCUAGACGACAUAUGUUCGCCAUUGCGUCUUGUGUUCAUAUUUUUUUAAAAUCCUUAUCCAUUUAU